CUGAUUAAUACAGCUUUCGCACAGUUUAAAUAUUUUAUUAAAUAUUCAGUUGAAAAGAUUGAAAUGAUGUAGUGUAUACUAGCUUGCUAUCCUUUAACUAGUCAUGCAUAUCUGGAGACUCGCUGUAUGAAGAGGAACAGGGCAUGGCUUUUAUUACAGUACAAAUAUCUGUACCAUUCAUAUCUGGUGCAGGGUGUAUCCUACUUUGUUUCCACUUCAGCUCCAUGAGAUGCAUCAUACUCGGAUUCUCACAAUAUUCAAUACUCGUGAUGUCCAAUUUCUAAAAAUGAGUACAUCUCCCUUUGCAGAUCAUGUCUCAACUAGGCUUUUUCAAAAUCUUGCAGCCUCACACUAGCACUGUGUAAUAUAUAAAAUGUGUUGUAAUUUUAAUUGUGUGUUGCUCUUGAUGCUUGUGAUUUUAUAUUGGUCUGUGUAGAGCCCCAAGCCUACCCACUAUGCCAAGUGAUACUUAAAAUAGUAAAAGAUAUUACUAUUCUGAUCUGUGUAUCUGAAUAUCUGUCUAAUCCCAGAAGCUUGGCAGUGGAUUUAAUAAAAGUAUAGUAAGAAAGUAGGCCCCUCCGAGCCGUGAAUCUGAAGGCUGCUGGGAUUUCUGAAUUGAAAUUGUGUCUGGUGAUUAGAAACGGAAGUGAUGGUCAGUCUCAUCAUGGUAGAGCCGGAGUUAAAGCAGGUUUUGUUUUUUGUUUGUUUUUUUUUUUUCUUCCCGUGUUGCAGGUUUGGUUUUGGUAUACCAGGAAUUUUACAAAGUUUUGAAGACAGUGAGUCAAGUCUGCAAAUUCCUGAAAGGAGAAUGAUGAGAGUGAAAAACCCCUUUGCACUGGAGUUAAACAGCACCACAUCCUCUUAUUCAGGAGGGGUGAGGCUGAGGCCCCACUGUCUGGAGAACUGCGUGCUCACCUGUUACUGGGGCUGUGCUGUCCACGGUUUGCAGAAGGCGCUCUGGGACCAUGAGCAGGGCAUCCUCAUUACAACACCCCUGCAAUUUGAGCAGGCUCUGCGUGGCUCAUACCAACACCGCAGCACUUUGUUCAUUGAAAAGCGAGAACACGCAGAGAUUCUGUGCCAGCUGCCUGGAGAUUCGAGUGCCCAGGAUGCGGGAAGUCUUUCAACAGCACGUUAUCCCUUUGUAGCUCUGCUGACACUGGAGCAGCCUGACAAGAGAGAGCUUUAUGAAAUUCAGCUCUUCAUGUCAGCCAACCAUAGAAGCCGAGCAGAGGAUUCUGACUUGUUUUGCAAAGGGAAGGAACAGAAGCAGGAAGGAGAUGAAAGGGCAACCACAGCAACUGCAGCAUCCUCUUCGGAGGAAGAAGGCAGCGUCAGAGGAGAUCGGGAUUGUGUGGUUUGCCAGAAUGCCCCUGUGAAUCAAGUGCUGCUGCCAUGCCGGCACACGUGCCUGUGCGACAGCUGUGUGGAGCGCUUCCACCAGUGUCCAGUGUGCCGGGCAAAUGUCUGGGAGUCCUUUGCUCUGUACCAAAAGACACUGCACUAUGGGGACAGAGCUUGAGAACAAGGGGAAACAGGUCGCUGUGCUCCCUAAGAGAAUGGAAAACCAGUUGGCUUGGUGGUUACAGUGAGCGUAAUGUGACCUGCUUUCAUUAACUGACACAAAGGUGCAGGGUACCAACCUAGUCGAAUAAAUCAUUGUAGACAUCAUGGGUGGGGACAAUGACAAUAACAGAGGGUAAUGGAUACUAGCCAUAUACAAAAAAAAGUAUGUACAGCUCCUGAAAUGUUUGUUUUUCUCUUCUAACAUACGUAAACACAUUAAGGUUUGAUCUUCAUUUAAACAUUAUCUGUGGAUAAAGGUGAUGUAAACGUGGCUUGAUGCUUGUUGUAUUUUGUAGUUCUUGGGAUAAUUUAAAAAAUGCAAAUUUUGCCUGCAGAAAAGUAAGUACACCCUGACAUUUAUCACAACAUCAAAUACCUACAAUAAGAAUCGGGUGAAAAUGAUUAGAACAUCCUUAGGGAGGAUCUGAUCUGAACCUCAGGCAUUUAGCUUGGUUUGCUCUUUAUUGUUAAGUGUGUGUGAUCUCCUUGUCUAGGUUGAAAGUUCUCUCUGAGGUCAUCAGAAAGAAGCUUUAUACAUCUCCAACAGUCUGGGAAGGAAUUUAAAAAGACCUCCAAGCAAUUCAAAAUCGACCAUUUCACUGUCAUCCACAAUUAGGGAUGCCAGCUUUCCCAGCAAAUUCAGCCUGAGAUUGGAACACAAAAUUGUGAAAGAAGCCUCUUAAGAAUUCCAAAAUUUCAUUGUGGAACCUCCAAGUUGCUCUUGCUACUAUUGAUGUCAAAAUGCAUGAGUCAUCCAUUAGACGGUGGCUACAUAAAUUAGAUCUACAUGGGAAACCAGAAUGAACAUUUUGUCAAGGCUGAAGUUUGUCCAUGAACGCACAGAACGUCUGGAAAUAUUUGCUCCAGACAGAUGAAGCAAAGAUGGAGUUACCUGGCCACAAUUGCAGAAGAUGUGUUGGUGAAAACCAAAGACAGCAUUUAAGCCUUAGACAAACUGUAAAACGUGGUGAUGGAAAUCUUUUGGUUUGAGGUUGCAUUACGUCAUUGCCUGAACAGUUCACCAUCAGAACCCUCUAGGAAUUCUUCAUUGUAGUAGAAGGGUGCUUGAGAGUAUCUGUCAUAAGCUUGAAGCUCAACUGGAAGUGGAACUUGCAAUAUCAUAAUGAGCUUCAAGAUAUCCAUAAAUCCACCAAGGAACAACUAAAAAGAAAGAAAUGGAGGGUUCUGGAAUGGCCGAGUCAAAGCUCGGAUAGAUAGAACUUUAUUUGUCCCCAGAGGAGAAUCUGGCUUUUUACAGAAGCUCAAUAACUGAAUACCCAUGCAGUAUGGUCUGAACACGCCAAAAUAACUAGAAAUGAGACACUUCUGCUUUGUCAUUCAUUGGCUGAAAGCCCUCCGUGUUAGAAUGCCAGAGAGAGGAUGUGCAGCAUUGUUUAUAGUGCUGCUCAGUUUUGUCUUCAUUCACUCUUUUGCUGUGACCACAAAGGGGUCUGGAGUGUGCCCUAUAACUGAGCUGCCCUUUUAAUUAGCUUGUUGUUUCAGUGGGCCUCUCUUGAAGUGAUGUUACCAGCCCAGCACACCACA